UGUUCACGUUUUGCAGUUAGGCAGGUCGGUAUUUCACAACAAAAAAAAGGAACCUUGUUUUUUCUAGAGAGAGAAACGCAGGAAAACAGAAACCGCAAAAAUGCAAAAUCAAACUGAAAACAACAAUGAUGCAAUGAGACUAACAGAAGGGGAGAGAGAGAAUCAGAUGGAUUCGCCGACAGGUGGAGAUGGUGGAGCUGAGUCAGGUGAGCUCGGUGGCGGAAGUGGUGGAAGCGGAGGGACAAAUGGUAAAGUGAAAGGACCGUGGUCACCAGAGGAAGAUGCGGUACUGAGUCAACUAGUGAGUAAGUUUGGAGCGAGGAAUUGGAGUUUGAUAGCACGAGGAAUACCGGGGAGGUCUGGGAAAUCUUGUAGGCUUAGAUGGUGUAAUCAGCUUGAUCCUUGCCUCAAGCGCAAACCUUUCACUGAUGAAGAAGAUCGCAUUAUAAUUGCAGCUCACGCAAAGCAUGGAAACAAAUGGGCAGCGAUUGCGAGGCUCUUGCCAGGUAGAACUGAUAAUUCAAUCAAGAAUCAUUGGAACUCUACUCUGAGGCGCCGAUGGGCAGAUCUGGUAAGGUUGAAACCAGGAACCAGUGAUGUGAUGGAAGAUGGCAGCAAUGAAAGAACAAGGGCAUCGUCAGAAGAAACUCUUUCAGUUUGUGAUGUCAAUUCAGCCUUGCCCCUGGAAGUAAGAGAUGUCACAAUGGACGAUCAACCCAGCCAGCAUGAAGACAAAGCUCAAACAGACAACAUUCCUCAAACAAAUGAGGUCACUUUUGCAUCGGAACCAAAUGGAAAUCCCACCCUUCCUCGUCCUGUGGCACGUGUUAGUGCAUUUAAAGUUUAUAAUCCCCUCAAUGAGCCAAAACUGGGUUCUGGGCUUACAAGAACAAUUCCAACUCAUGGCUGUUUGGUUCAAACACCCAAACCAGACUCGGGAUCUUGCAAAAUCCUUGAAGAUGUUCAUUGUGAGCCCAUAGUUCCUUCACGAUGUGGGUAUGGUUGCUGUGCAACGCCAAGUGGGGGUCAUCCUCCAAGCACCUUGUUGGGGCCUGAGUUUGUUGAAUAUGAGGAGCCUCCUCCUUUCUCAAGUCAAGAAUUAAUCUCAAUUGCUACAGAUUUGAACAAUAUUGCAUGGAUCAAGAGUGGUCUUGAGAAUAGCAGCACUGGGAUACCUAGCAAUGCUGCAAGCUACAGAAUGUCUCAAGGGACUUCUGUUGGCUCACAAAUGGGAAUGUCUGAGCAGAAUUUAAGAAAUGGUCAUAUGCAUUUUGAGGAGGGAAGAAACAAAUUGAUGGGCACAAUGGCAGGUACAAUAUCAACCCAGAUGCCUGCUUGACCUUUGGCAAUGGAUGCUGAAAUGGAGACCAAACCUGUUACUGAUUUCCUCCUGCGACACUGCUUUAUUAUAGGAUGGUAUAGGUCAAGUUAAUUCAGUUGUCAUCAAUUAUUUGCUUUUUAUAGAAGUUAAGAAAUGAUUUCACGUGGAGGUUCUUCAUUCCCGGCGAAGAGAUGAUGUCAUUAUUUAUACAGCCACAAGUUGUUUCUGGAAAAUGUAUUCAAGACCUGACGCAGUAGAAGAAUGAAACUGGAUUGUGUCCGCCAUUACGUGCUUAA